GGAGAAAAGCUAUGACAAAACUAGACAGCACAUUAAAAAGCAGAGACAUUGCUUUGCUGACAAAGGUCAGUAUAGUCAAAGCUAUGUUUUUUCCAGUAGUCAUGUACAGAUGUGGAAUUGGACCAUAAAGAAGGCUGGGCACCAAAGACUUGAUGCUUUUGAGUUGUGAAGCUGGAGAAGAGUCUUGAGAGUCCCUUGGACUGCAAGGAGAUCAGACCAGUCAAUCCUAAAUGAAAUCAACCCAGAAUAUCCUGAUGCUGAAGCUGAAGCUCCAGUCCUUUGGCCACCCGAUGUGAGGAGCUGACUCAUUGGAAAAGACUCUGAUGCUGGGAAAGAUUGAAGGCAGGAGGACAAGGGAUCAGCAAAGGAUGAAAUGGUUAGAUCGCAUCAUCAACUCAGCAGACAUGAAUUUGAGCUAAUUCCAGGAGAUAGUGGAGGACAGAGAAGCCUGGUAACUUGCCCAGGAGUGGUGCUGAAAGACAAGGAGGACAUCUAUCUUAGCAUCUGUGUGUUUGGCCAAUACAAAAAGACACAAUGUGUCCCAGCCAAUUUUCCAUUGGUCUUCAAUGCCAGAAUGGUGUUUGAAAAGGUGUUCCCUGAAGCAGUGGACCCUGGAGAUGUGGUUGCACAGCUUGAAUAUGAUACAGCAUUGUUUGAGUUGAUUCAGCUAGUUCCACCAGUGGGUGAAACAUUGUCUACAUAUGAUGAGAAUACACGAGAUUUCAUGUUCCCGGGUCCAAAUCAAAUUUCUGGACACCAUGAUUCAAACCGCCAGGUUACCAUGAGGAGGAUUUCUGGCCUUCGAGGAAUUGCUCCAAAGCUGGAAUUUUCUACAACCUCAGUGAUUACUGAAUGUCUGAUAAGUUCAAGGAAGUGCCGCACUCAGGAUAAAUUUGUUUACCAUACGGCUCCAGUUGAAAAACCACACGGCAGACUGCAAAACAGAACAUCGAGGUCACAAAAGAAAAAAUCCAAGUCACCUGAGAGAAAUAAGUAUUGCAUAAAUGCAAAAAACUACGAACAGCCUACAAUUUCUUCAAAAUCACACUCUCCAUCUCCUUACACAAAAAGACGCAUGUGUGAGCUAUCAGAAGACACCAGGCGGCGGCUGGCCCAUUUAAAUCUCGGCCCUUAUGAAUUCAAAAAAGAAACAGAUAAACCUCCGUUUGUGAUUAGACAUGUCGAUCCCCCAAGUCCCAGGGCCGAUGCUUUAUUUGGAUCUCCCGGCAGAGACUGUGAAAGAGAUGGAUGGUCCAGGCUGCACAAUGAUCAUUCUCAUCUUGGCUGCUGUCGACCCAAGGAUUAUAAGCAGGUCAUCAGAACACCUCAUGGGAGAGACUUCGAUGAUUCUUUGGAAAGGUGCGAAGACUAUUUGAGUUCAAGGUCAUGCAGCAAGCCCCAGCAUUCAGCCAGGACCUUACUUGUUCAUUCAGCACCCUCUACCAUGCCGAAGCAUUCUCCAAGCCCUGUGUUAAAUCGAGCUUCUCUCAGGGAAAGGUUCCAUUCUGAUUGGUGCUCACCUUCCAACUGUGAUGAGAUCCAUGACCGGGUAAAGAAUGUCUUGAAAUCACAUCAGGCUCAUCAAAGACAUUUAUAUGAUGAGCGAGACCCAGAGAAAGAAGAGGAACUGGAACUGAAAAGAGGUCUUUUAUAUAGAGACUCUGCCUAUGACAGCGACCCAGAGUAUAGCUCAUUUCAGCGGCCACGUGGCACUCUCCAUUUGGAUGAUGGUGAAUACUGGUCCAACAGGGCAGCCUCUUAUAAAGGAAAAUCCCACCGACCCAUCUUUGAGAACAGCAUGGACAAGAUAUACAGGAACUUGUACAAAAAGGCCUGUAGUUCUGUUUCUCAUACACAGGAAAGCUUCUGAGAUCAGCCGCGAUGAACUGUAUGAGUGUCCUUGUCAACUUCUCAAUGAAAACGUUUGAUGUAAUCAAUACCUGUAUUCUUUUAUUUUUUUUAGAUGGGUAGUUCUAAUUGAGCACAGUAGUUAGACUUGAAUAAGUUUAUUAUUUCAAAUCGUAAAGCAUCAUGGGCAAGCCUUCUUUUUCCAGUCACAGUAGAGAGCGCUGUAUUCUCACAGUUCUGCCACACAGUCACAACCUCCACUCUGAUUAGGAGAAAGCUGUCCUGUCACAUCUCUCUCAUGUCACCAGCUACAAAUCCAAGAACAUAUUCUCUCUAAAAGUGCUCUUCUGCCUUCAUCACCUUGUAAUUUUCUUUCCAUUUGCUUGACUGGUUAUCUUGUUCUGACUAAGAUUAUUUUUAUUAUUAACUUUCAUUUCUUGGUCAUGGGCAAAAAAAAAAUAUAUAUACAGAGAUGAAUUUCUCAGGAGUUUAAACUCUAUUUUAACUAGUAUUUUCUACCGUUUGCUCCCUAAGAAAAAGCUAUUGAUAUGUCUUAGCUCCUAAGGUAUAGCUUUCUUUUUAAAGUUUCUGUAAUCCUUUACUCCCUCUUCUCUAAAAGAGCUAGCUAAGUUACCUAAAAUGCCUAACAGCGAGAAAUAGGAAUGGCCAAAUGUGACCCCAGAUGUGAAUAACUGAUUUUUAAAAAUAGAUUUUUUUUUUGCAUUUUUUUUUUCUAGAGUCAAAACUUUUGGUGGAACCAGAAUCAGAAAAUAGCCUUUGUCUAAAAGCUUGUAGAAACUCAGAAAGAAUAAGGGAUUUAUAUUGUAAUUUAAUCUCUUUAGAGCAUUCAUAGGUAUCAAAUAGCCCAUGAAAGUAGCAACCUUACUUUAAAAAAAAAAAAAGAAAACAAACCUGGGAACCAUAAAGGGGAGGAAAUAUUAGAGCAUAACUCUUUAUACUCAAAAGUUGUUGGUUGAUAAAAUUAGCUUCUUCCCCCUUUCCCCCCUACCCUGGCUCCAAACAUAUCUGAGGCCAGUUAGGCUUUGAAGAUACAAAGAAAUUAGUAACCUUAUAUUUUUUAGAGAGAGUAGAAGAAAUGCAGAGAAUAGGAAAUAAUAAACUUGACAUAAACUUUAAGAGUGGACUACAAGAUAAUGUUUUCUCAUUGACUCCAUCUUUGGUUAAUUUUAUAGUUAUGAUCUUAAAAGAAAAUACUUGAGUUGAACUCUAUUUAAGUUGGAAUUGGUAUGCAAAUUGGGCGAUUUAUUUUUUUAAUUGGAGAAAAUACAUAAUACCUGUUAUCUAAUAAUAAGACUUUUCAGCUUCAUGUUGAUUGUUUUGUCUGUGGCAAUCUGCAGUGUAUUGGAAAGCACAUCAGAGAUAGGAGCCAGGUGUCCUAGGCUUCAGAUCUCUGGUCCUAGUUUCCUAGUUAUCAAUGGAGAGAACUGAGUAGGUCAGCAUUUCCUGAACCAUGUUUGUGGACUGCUCUUCUAAGAGAUGGCUUUAGGAAUGUAGAUACAAGUAUUUCAUUGGUCAUGUAAGUUUAGGAAAGAUCUGUGUACCACUCAGACUUAGAGAGUCAUGGGUAAGAUGACAGGAAUGAAAAGGGGGUGCUAGUGAUGCUGAAGAAAACAGUGAUAAGUUGUCCAGGCAAACUACAUAUGGUCAUCUUAGUAAAAACAUUAGCAUGUUUGAGGCUCUAAGAAAUCCUGGCAUAAACAUGCUUCGCUCUAGCAUCUAGUAGAAAGUCUGAUACAUACUUGGUGCUCAUUAAAUAUUUAUUGAUUAGCCCAGACUUUCCUAAACUAAGUUGAGCGUGUAACAGUAUUUGUUGUUAUGGUUAUCUUUCCCCUCCCGUUCCUCUCCCCCCAACUCCCGAUACUUCCUCUGAAAUGCUAUCUGCAGACACAUGUGGACAUAGUCAGGAAAAUACUGGACUCCACAAUCACUGAGCUACUGUCUGGUUGUAAGUUGUCUAAUGAAUUUUUGUAUAAGCUUUUGAAGGUCAGCAUUGAAUGAUGGUUUUUUAAAAAAAUCAUAUAUCAAUGAAACUUAAUAUCUUUUCCUCCUUGAUUGUAAACAAAUGAAAAAUUCCCCCAUUUAAAAGUUGCUUCUUGGUGUGCUACAUAGCUUCAGUCAUGUCUCACUCCUUGAGACCCUAUGGACUGUAGCCCACCAGGCUCCUCUGUCCAUGGGAUUCUCCAGGCAAGAAUACUGGAGUGGGUUGCCAUGCCCUCCUCCAGGGGAUCUUCCUGACCCAGGGAUUGACCCUGAGUCUUCUGUCUCCUGCAUUGGCAGGCAGGUUCUUUACCCCUAGAGCCAUCUGGGAAGAUGAGUGAAGUGAAGUGAAGUGAAGUGAAAGUCUCUCAGUCGUGUCUGAGUCUUUGUGACCCAAUGGACUGUAUAGUCCCUGGAAUUCUCCAGGCCAGAAUACUGGAGUGUGGGUAGCCUUUCCCUUCUCCAGGGGAUCUUCCCAACCCAGGGAUUGAACCCAGGUCUCCUGUACUGCAGGCAGAUUCUUUACCAGCUGAGCCACAAGGGAAGCCCAGGCUUCUUGGUAAAAAGACCAAAUAUGCACUUUAAAGAAAAUAUUUGCUAUCAUAGAAAAUCUCCUGAGUGAGUAAGUACCAAAAAAAAAAAAAAAAAAAUUACUUUGCACCUAUAUUUGCCAUUAUCAUAUAAAGGCCACCAAAAAAAUGGGUCUCAAAGGGGAACUUUGGAAAAUAUUUAAGAGACAUUUUCCUCUGAAUUAAAUUUGACAUCUCCCUGAAGGAUCAGAUAUACAUUUCCACGUACUUGCCAUCUUUGCUAAGUGUCUAUUUCCAUUCCCUGGAGGAAAGAGUAAUCUUUGUUGUUUUCCUUAACUAUUAUUAUGAAUUCUUAUGUUGUAUUAUCUUUCAAGAGUAAAACCUCUAAGUACUAAUAGUUUCCUUUUCUCAUUGAGAGAAGCAGAAAGAUGCCAUAGUUUAUUCUCUUAACCCCUUUUUUUAAUAUUUCCUACAAUCUAGUAAUAGUUAUUAGACAAUAUGAAAGAUAAAUAGGUCUGUCUCCUUCUUUUUAAUAUAAUUUUUCUUUUAGAUUAAAAAAAUCCUAGGAAUUUAAGGAAGGAAAAUUUUAAUUCAGCUAAGAAAAAAGUUGAAUCGUUGGACUGAGGGUAUGUCUUACCUGGUUUCACUACUAGUUGUAUAACCUUGUUUAAGUCAUCUGUCCUUCUUGGACCUCAGUUUUAUUUGCUAUAAGGUGAGGAAGGGGUUAAUUUAGAAUGACUUUUAAUGUUCCAACAUUUUUAUAAUUGUGUAAUUGAUCAAUGUAGAAGAUUAGGAAGUUUUUGGCAGCAGAGUUGUGUUCUGAUUUCAAAGAUUAAGCCCUUGAUUAAAAAUCUGGACCAAAAAGAGAAUUCUCAUUAUUGUGCUCAUUUCUUAAUAACGGCUAUUUUGAGAUAGUUCAUAUGCUAUAAAAUUCACCCUUUAAAAGUGUACAGUUGAGUGGUUUUCAGUAUAGUCACAGAGUUGUGCAACUGUAACCACUAGUUAAUUAUAAAAUACUUCUUCACUCCAGAAAGAAUUCUGUAUCCAUUAGCAAUUGCUCCUCAUUCCUUUUUUCCGUUGUCUCCUGACAACUACUAAUCUGCUUUCUGUUUCUAUGCCUAUUCUGGACAUUUAGACAUUUCAUAUAAAUGGGAUUAUAUAAUAUGUGAAUUUUUUGUGUGGCUUCUUUCAUCUAGCAUAAUGUUUUCAGGACUCAUACCUAUUGUAACAUGUGUCAGUACUUUAUUUCUUUUUAUUGCUAAGAAAUAAUCUAUUGUAUGGAUGUAUCAUAUUUUGUUUAUCCAUUCAGUUGGUGGGCAUUUUCAUUGCUUUCACCUUGAGGAUAUUAUGAAAAAUACUGGUACUAUGAACAUUUGUAAAGUUUGUGAUAGAUAUAUGUUUUUAUUUUCCUUGAAUAUACACCUAAGAGUAGAAUUGUUGGGUCAUAUGGAAACUCUUUGUUUAACAUUUUGAAGAAUUGCUUUCCAAAAUGACUCAACCAUUUUACAACUAUUAUGUUUAUUUUUAUCUUAUCUUAGGAACUUGGGCUGGUUACACAUUCAACCACUUAUUCACCCAUUUAUCACAUAUUUAUUGAGCACUGUGUUAGAUACAGAGUAUAAAAUUUUUAAAUGUAUCUUCCCAUAAGUGCAAGGAAUCUAUUGAGAGAGACAAGAAAACAAUAUAUUUCAGCAUUUAUGGUAUGGUAACUUCUGUGAUAAAAUAAUGCAAGAAUGAGCAUAGAGCAUGCUAGCUUGAUGCAACAGAACUUGUAAAAGCAUGAAAAUGGGAGAGAAAAUGAUUGUUCAGAAAACCCCAAAUGCUGUAACUAGAGAUUGUGUACAAGGUUGCAAACACUUUGAUGGGAUAUGAUGAAUGCUAAAAUGGACCACAAAGAGAACCACAGGCUUGGAGCAGCAUUAAAUGAGGCAACCUUUUAGCUGGACACUGAAAGAUGGGAAGGACUUUUGUGAACAGGAAACCAAAAUGGGAUAUACUCAAUAUUGAUCAUUUAUGAGGGUGGAGGCAGGAUUGAGGAAAAUGUCCAGAAAUCAGUUAAAGAUCUAGAACUUGGGAGAACUCAAGAAUUGAAAAUGGAUUUUUGAAGUCAGAUAUAACUUAAACAGAUAAACAAAAAAACCUAUGUUGCUCUUGUCCUAAUUUGUAUGUGACCAUAAUAAGCACCUUGAGAGUAGUGGACCCGAAGCAAUUGUGCUUUUUACUUAUUAUUGAAGCCCUGGUGGGAGAAAGUUAGUUGGAGGAACACCCUUUUAGAAAUUAAGAAAGAUAUUGUCCUCCCAAUCCCAGAUUAUCCAACUAGCUAGAAAUUUAUUUACAAAAAUGAAAAAGUAGGAGAGAAACUCAAUUUUUUGUUAUUGGGGUUACGAGAGUAUUAUUUAUCUCUGAAUGAUAUACUUUGAGUUUAAUUAUAUGAAGAUCCUUAGACAACCAGAACUUGUGAGUAUUCAUUCAUUUAACAAAUGGUAUUGAAGGUCUAAUGUCCAAAGAUAAACAAAAACAUAGUUCCUGACCCAAGUUCAUAGGGGAAAAACUGACAUUUACUUAUUACAGUGAAAGAAGUACUAUAAUAAAUAAUAAGGUUUGCAAGUAUUUUCUCUCAUCCCAUUGAUUGUCUUUUUGUUGUUGAUUGUUUCCUUUGCUCUGAAGAACCUUUCUAUAUGGUUUUAUGUGAAGUGGUUCUACUUUGUCUAUUUUUACUUUUGUUGCUUUUGCUUUUGGUGUCGUAGCCAAGAAAUCAUUGCCAAGACCAAUGUCAAGAUUUCCCCCUAUAUUUUCUAUUAGGAGUUUUACAAUUUCAGGUCUUAUGUUUAAAUCUUUAAUCCACUUUGACUUGAUUUUUAUAUAUAAUGUAAGUUAAGGGUUUGAUUCCUUCUUUCUUUCUUUCAUUUAUUUAUUUAUUUUUUUUGCAUGUGGAUAUAUAAUUUUCCUAACCAUUUGUUGAAGAGACUGGUUUUUCCCCUUUGUAUGUUCUUGACUCCCUUUCAAAGAUCAGUUGGCUUUGUGUGUGUUACUUUAUUUCUGGGCUGUCUAUUCUGUUCCACUGCUCUUUUUCUGUCUUUAUCCCAGUACCAUACUGUUUUAAUUGCUAUGGAUUUAUAAUUUAGUUUGAAAUCAGGAAUAUGAUGCCUCCAGCUUUUUUGUUCUUUUUUAAGAUCACUUUGGUUAUUCUGAGUCUUUGGUGAUUCUAUACGAUUUUAUGAUUUUUUUUUCCUAUUUCUGUAAAAAAUGUCAUUGGGAUUUUGAUGGGCAUAAUAGGGAAUCUGUAUAUCACUUUGGGGAGUGGACAUUUUAACCAGCCACAUAAUAAUCACACACACACACAUAAAUAUGUAAAGAAGACACACAAAAUUAAGAAAGAAAAGAAUUAAAGAAUGUUACUACAAAAAAAUCAACAAGGCACAAAGGAGGAUCACAAGAGAGGAAUAGAGGGACAAAAUAUAAAACAGAAAACAGCAAAGUGGCAAAAGUAAAUCCUUUCCUAUCAAUGAUUGCCUUAAAUGUAAAUGAAUUAAGACAUAGAGUGGCUGAAUGGAUAAUAAAGCAAGAUCCAAGUAUAUGCUAUCUACAAGAGACUCUAUAUUAAAGGACACACAUAGGCUAAAAGUGGAGGAAUGGAAAAAUAGUAUUCCAUGUAAAUAUUAAACAAGAGAGCAUAGGUGCCUAUAGUAUUAUCAGGAAAAAAAUAGACUUUAAGUCUGUCACAAGCAUCACUACAUUUCUGUUGCAGUUUAAGUUUUUAAAAGUUUAAUCUUCUGAGUUUAUGAUAUAGUUCAGAAAUGAGAGGAAACCUUUAAUGCCUUUGAACACAUGUAGUAGAUUUGAGAAUAGGUGUUUCCUCUUAGAGACUUAUUUUCAUCAGUGAAACACAUUCUUCACUGGAGUUUUUUUGUGUGUGUUUGUUUUUCAGUAAAAUUAGUGAUAUAUGCAGACAAAAUGUUGAAGGAUUUAUGUACAUACGUUUCCAGUAACAUCUAUUUCUAGGAGAUUGACAACACUGAAUAAUAGAAAAAGUGCUUUCUUCACAACUUUUCUGAACCUCUUUUUUUAGCCUGUGAAAUAAGAUAUUAAUAAGCAUUGCCCUCCAUUCCUCAUAAAAGUAUUAGGAUUAAGUAGGAAAAUGAAUGUGGAUAUUCUUUGACACAUGUUAGGCAUUAUCCUAAUUACUUUGGGGAAGUGAUCUGGGAAAAGAAAUUCACAAUUUUAAAAAUAAUCUAUCUCGCAUAAUAACAAUACUGUUGGUUGCAGAGUUGAAUGAACUUCAGAUUUUUUUCUCUGUGUUUUCUUGGAACCUCUGUGCUGCUUAACUUUUCUGAGCUUAUUUUCUCUUUUGUGAAAUGGAAGCUGUUUUCGUAGAGUUCAUUUAACCAGUUAAUGCAUGUGGAACACCUCAUACAAAGCAUGGUGCUCAAUAAAGGGUAACUGUAAUAACUAAACUUCCAAGUCAGUAUAAAGAUAGUAUUCUGAUAGAUCUUGAGGAUCUGAUUGAAGAAAGUGAAAUAAAUGUAAAAAAUUUUCAAAUUAUUUCAAAUGUAAAAAAUUUCAAAUUAUUUCAGGACACAAGACCAAAUCAGAUUUCUUUCAGUAUGGCUCUUAAGUUUACUAGCUAUUUAGUUGAUGUAGGUUGUAUAAUAUUCAGUUCAGUUCAGUUCAGUUCAGUCACUUAGUCGUGUCCAACUCUGUGACCCCAUGGAUCUCAGCAUGCUAGUCUUCCCUGUCCUUCACCAACUGCCAGAGCCUAAAUAGAACACGGUAGGCCCCACUGGGGUUUGAACCCAGGAUCUCCUAUUUACUAGACAGGCGCUUUAACCAGCUAAGCCACAGAGCCUUUCUUAGCCUUGUAGUCUAUUCUGUGGUGCUAUCUGGAGAUAUUAGACCUUAAUUUUAUUUUUUACAAAAUGAGAAUGAUACCUACAUAAGAUGGUUACUAUGAAGAAUAUAUUAGGUAAAUGUUGCAAAGUGAUUAGUAUUAUACCUAAAAAAUAGUAGAUGCUUAAAGCAGACAUCUUUCCCUUUCCCUUUCAUUAUUUUGUGUAUAAAUCCACCCAGGCAUAGACCUUAGCAUCAUUUAUUUUUAUUAUUUAGAAUCCUAUUAACCUUGUAUAUGUUGUGCACUUUGGUAGAGGUUUUACGUAGAUUUUACAAGUGAAACUAAACACGUGACUUUAGUCCUUGAGAAUAUUGUCCACUUGAACUUUAUAUGUGGCUUCUCUCACUUGUUUAAGGGCCUAUCCUAUUAACCAGUUUUGAUACUAGGAAGUUUAUUUUGUCCCUGUUUAUUUUGGAUUUAGCACAGUUGUGUUUUGCAAAUUAACUCUAUUCCUUUGAUCUGGAGGAUGUUAGAGGUAGAAGUUAAAAUUGUUGUUGUUGUUCAGUCACUAAGUCACGUCUGACUCUUUGCGACCCCAUGGACUGCAGCACUCCAGGCCCCUCUGUCCUCCACUAUCUACCAGAGUUUGCUCAAAUUCAUGUCCAUUGAGUCAGUGAUGCUAUCUGCCCAUCUGGUGGUGGUGGUUUAGUUGCUAUCGUGUCUGACUCUUGCGACCCUGUGGGUGGUAGCCUGCCAGGCUCCUCUGCCCAUGGGAUUCUCCAGGCACAAAUACUGGAGUGGAUUGCCAUUCCCUUCUCCAGGGGAUCUUCCCAACCCAGGGAUUGAAGCCAGGACCCCUGAACCCAGAUUCUUUACCAACUGAGCUAUGAGGGAAGCCCCCAUUUGGAAGUUAGAGUUAAAUCUCCAUAAUUCAGCAGAAUUAACCCUGGAUCAUCUCAGUCAGAUGAACAUCCCUAUAAGUCUUAAGAAUUUGUUAUGAAUGUGAUUGAGUAGUCACCUUUUUCAGAAAACUGUACUGUUUGACACUAGUCACAGAGGUGUAUGUAUGUGUGUAUGUGCACUUACAUACAUAUACACAUGCACAUAAAACUGUAGACUCAUCUCAGGUUUGCUAUGUAAUUCUUUAGAAGUCUUAAUUUUUAAAAAUAGCAAUUUCAAAAAAUUCCUUUAUAACUUAAGAUAUAAAUAAAAUAAUUUAAAAAAAUGUUUGUUUUUGGAAAUUGCUGGCGAAUGAUUAUAUUUUAGCUGUUGCAUCUUACUGCAUAUGAAUUAUUCAUUGCUCAGAAAAAUAGCCUAGUGAUUAAAUACGUAGCCUCUGGAGUCACUCUUCUAGAUUCCAAUUCCACUUCAGCCACUUAAUAACUAUGUGAGCUUUGACAGGUUAUCUGAUUUCUUUGUGCCUAGUUUUCUCAUCUGUAAAAUGAAGAUACUAUUAUCAAUCCUGUGGGAUAAUUAUGAAUAUUAAAGUAGUUAACAUAUAGAAAGUGCUUAAAGCAAUGCCUUGCACAUGGUAAGGACUGUAUAAAUAUAUUAUUUACUACAGUUAUUGUUAUUGUUACACAGCUGACAUUAUCUACUGGAUUCACCUAUAACAUGUAUGUUUUCUGAAACAAUUUAAUAUAGCCCCCUAUUUAUCCUGUUUAUAGUAAUAUUCUGUUGCUAAAUAAAAGAAUAUACUUGAAUGGAAUCUACCACUCAACAGGAAUAUGUUAAAAAUAUUUCACAUUAUCCUGACUCUCCUUUGUGGCCCAGCGGUUGUUCACUUAUUAUACAUUCCUACAGCUAUAUGGAAUAAAGAAUGUGUUUUGGCAUAGAAACUGCAUAAUUUGGAGAUAUUUUUGUUGAUAAUCUUAAACUAAAGCAGUCAAACUAAUUUCAGUUCCACUGGAAACCCAGGGGGGUAAUUGUUUUCUCCAAAUGAGAGAGAAGAUGCCAGCUUUUGUAUUAGUAAGUAUUUCCAAGUGUUUAUGUGGGGAAAAUGGAAGAAAAAGAACCUUUUACUUCAGUGAAUUUAAUCCACCAAACAUUUAAAACCUUAGAAAAACUAUUUUCAUUAGACUUCUAUGAUAAAUAAUAACUUGUAUUUUGUAUAGCCUGUUAUCAUUUUCAAGCAUUUUAACAUAAGUUAUCUUUGUUGUAUUUCUCUAUGACAUGUUCAUAAAUUAGGUAGGACAGGGUUAUAAUCUACAGUUUCACAAAUGAGAAAACUCAAAUUUGCGUUAGGUGUCUCUUGCAGGUCACACAGUGGGGAUAUAAGUGGGUGUAUAAGUGGCUCAGUAAGAACUUAAAACCAAAUAUUAGUAUUUUCUCAUAAAUAUCCUAUUGAACUUCUCCUGCUAUUGCUUGGUAUUCCUCUUAAAUAUUGGUUUUAAUAUUGGAUUUUAAGAGGUGAUACUUGGCUCUUGUUGAUUGAUCGCAUCUAUAUUUGGAGAAGGCUUAUUUUUCAUUAUUCAGACUCUUUAAUAUGUUUGUGACUAUCUCCAGCCAUUUGUUUUUCCUGGUUUCAACCCAGGCCCUAAAUUCUCCCACUUAUGAACACACCGCCAGUCCAUUGAAGAGCCAGGGAAGUUAAGCUAGCCAACUUAUAACUUAUGAGUAGUUGUACUAGAAAGGGUUAGUAGUAAAGAGUUCCAUCAGUGAUCUAGUUACCCCAAAUAAUUGGAAAUUGUCAUAAUUUGAAAGUAACUUAGGUAUAAGAUGCAAAGAGUAUCUGAGACAUACCUAACAUUCCACUCAUUAGUUGCAUGUGUGAUUAUGUAGCAUCCAGGUCUAAAGCUGGUGAAGCUUUGGGUUCUGUUCCAGUUCAGUAUUUCCAAAUCCUGACUGAUGAGAGUCAUUCAGGAAGCAGUUAAAAAGUUUCCUCCUCUCAAUCUCUGGAGAUCUUGAUGCAAUAAAUUUAACUUAGUAAAGAGUUUUUAAGAGAUUUUAAGAGUCUCUCUAGGUGAUUGUGAUGUUUGCCUAGGUGUUGCUGAACCAUAAGGCUAUCACCUCUUCAUGGAUUCCUCUCUAUUAAAGAGAAUGAAGGCCUUUUUCCAGCUGAUUUAAAUUUCUCCUUUUUAAAAAAUGUUGUCAUUUUGUUAACCUCUUCAUCUGAAUGUUUUUAUAUUGUCGGCACAAAAUACCUUGAGCUCCAAGAAGGAUAAUAGCUGGCUCUUGAUUUCCAUGUGAAUGAUAUACCUUUGGGGUUUUCCAUGGCUAACUUUUAAAUAUCAGGGUUUUUUUCCUCCCUUCAUCUAAAUAGUUAGCAAGCUCAUCAUUUAUUUAUGCAUUCAUUAAGCAAACAAACAUUUCGUUGGGGCUUCGUAGGUGGCACUAAUGGUAAAGAAUCCACUUCCCAAUGCAGGAGACAUAAGAAAUGCAGGUUCGAACCCUAGGUCGGGAACAUCUCUUAGAGGAGGAAAUGACAACCAGUAUCUUUGCCUGGAGGAUCCCAUGAACAGAAGAGCCUAUAGUCUAUGGGGUCGCAAAGAGUCAGGCAGAACUAAAGCAACUUAGCACACAUGCAUGCACGCAAAUAUUUAGGUAAGCAAACUAAACUUGAUGUUUAGUUGGUAUUUAGUCCAUACCUAUUAUGGACCUAUUAUACCUUCUAAUAAAUAAGAAGAUAUAUCCUUCCCUCUGAAAUACAGUCAGCUCCCAGUCUUGUUUUUUGCUGUGUAGAGUUUCUCCAUCUUUGGCUGCAAUGAAUAUAAUCAGUCUGAUUUCGGUAUUGACCAUCUGGUGAUGACCAUGUGUAGAGUCUUCUCCUGUGUUGUUGGAAGAGGGUGUUUGCUAUGACCAGUGUAAUCUCUUGGCAGAACUCUGUUAGCCUUUGCACUGCUUUAAUUCAUUCUGUACUCCAAGGCCAAAUUUGCCCGUUACUGCAGGUGUUUCUUGACUUCCUACUUUUGCAUUCCAGUCCCCUAUAAUGAAAAGGAUAUCUUUUUUGGGUGUUAGUUCUAGAAGGUCUUGUGGGUCUUCAUAGUACCAUUCAACUUCAGCUUCUUCAGCAUUACUGGUCAGAGCAUAGACUUGGGUUACCGUGAUAUUGAAUGGUUUGCCUUGGAAACAGAGAUCUGCAUCCAAGUACUGCAUUUCAGACUCUUUUGCUGACUGUGAUGGCUACUCCAUUUAUUCUAAGGGAUUCUUGCCAACAGUGGUAGAUAUAAUGGUCAUCUGAGUUAAAUUCACCAAUUCUAGUCCAUUUUAGUUCACUGAUUCCUAAAAUGUCAACGUUCACUCUUGCCAUCUCCUGUUUGAUCACUUGCAGUUUGCCUUGAUUCAUGGAUCUAACAUUCUAGGUUCCUAUGCAAUAUUGUUCUUUACAGCAUCGGACUUUACUUCCAUCACCAGUCACAUCCACAGCUGGGUGUUCUUUUUGCUUUGUCUCCGUCUCUUCAUUCUUUCUGGAGUUAUAUCUCCACUGAUCUCCAGUAGCAUAUUGGGCACCUACCAACCUGUGGAGUUCAUCUUUCAGUGUCUUAUCUUUCUGCCUUUACAUACUGUUCAUGGGGUUCUCAAGGCAGGAAUAAUGAAGUGGUUUGCCAUUCCCUUCUCCAGUGGACCAUGUUUUGUCAGAACUCUCCACCAUGACCCGUCUGUCUUGGGUGACCCUACACGGGAUGGCAUAAUCUCAUUGAGUUAGACAAGGCUGUGGUCCAUGCGAUUAGAUUGGUUAGUUUUCUGUGAUUGUGCUUUUCAGUCUGUCUGCCCUCUCUUGGGGAAGGAUAAGAGGCUUAUGAAAGCUUCCUGAUGGGAUAUACUGACUGAGGUCUUAUUCUGAUGGGUGGUGCCAUGCUCAGUAAAUCUUUAAUCCAAUUUUCUUUUGAUGAGUGGAGCUGUGUUCCCUCCCUGCUACUUACCUGGGGCCAAACUAUGGUGGAGGUAAUGGUGAUAAUGGUGACCUCCCUCAAAAGAUCCCAUACAUGUACUGCUACAGUCCAUGCCCCCAACCCUGCAGCAAGCCACCACUGACCCAUGCCUUCACUGGAGACUCCCAGACACCCACAGGCAAGUCUCCUGUGGGGUCACAGGUUUCAGAUCAUGAACUCCUUAUUGCCAAAUUCAGACUUAAAUUGAAGAAAGUAGGGAAAACCACUAGACCAUUCAGGUAUGACCUAAAUCAAAUCCCUAACAAUUAUACACUGGAAGUGAGAAAUAGAUUUAAGGGACUAAAUCUGAUAGAGUUCCUGAUGAACUAUGAACAGAGGUUCCUGACAUUGUACAGGAGACAGGGAUCAAGACCAUCCCAAAGGAAAAGAAAUGCAAAAAAGCAAAAUGGCUGUCUGAGGAGGCCUUAAAUAUCUGUGAAAAGAAGAGAAGCAAAAAGCAAAGAAGAAAAGGAAAGACAUACCCAUUUGAAUGCAGAGUUCCAAAGAAUAGCAAGGAGAGAUAAGAAAGCCUUCCUCAGUGAUCAGUGCAAAGAAAUAGAGGAAAACAAUAGAGUGGUAAAGUCUAGAGAUCUCUUCAAGAAAAUUAGAGAUACCAAAAAAAAAGAAAGAAAGAAAGAAAGAAAAUUAGAGAUACCAAAGGAACAUUUCAUGCAAAGUUGGGCACAAUAAAGGACAGAAAUGGUAUGGACCUAACAGAAGCAGAAGAUAUUAAGAAGAGGUGGCAAGAAUACACAGAAGAACUGUACAAAAGAUCUUCACAACCCAGAUAAUCAUGAUGAUGUGAUCACUCACCUAGAGUCAGACAUCCUAGAAUGUGAAGUCAAGUGGGCCUUAGGAAGCCUCACUAUGAACAAAGUGAGUGGAGGUGAUGGAAUUCCAGUUGAGCUAUUUCAAAUCCUGAAAGAUGAUGCUGUGAAAGUGCUGCACUCAAUAUGCCAGCAAAUUUGGAAAACUCAGCAGUUGCCACAGGACUGGAAAAGGUCAGUUUUCAUUCCAGUCCUUAAGAAAGGCAAUGCCAAAGAAUGCCAACUACUGCACAAUUGCAUUCAUCUCACAUGCUAGCAAAGUAAUGCUCAAAAUUCUCCAAACCAGGCUUUAAUACUGUGUGAACCGUGAACUUCCAGAUGUUCAAGCUGGUUUUAGAAAAGGCAGAGGAACCAGAGAUCAAAUUGCCAACAUCUGCUGGAUUACAAAAAAAGCAAGAGAGUUCCAGAAAAACAUCUAUUUUUGCUUUAUUGACUAUGCCAAAGCCUUUGACUGUGUGGAUCACAAUAAACUCUGGAAAAUUCUGAAAGAGAUGGGAAUACCAGACCACCUGACCUGCCUCCUGAGAAAUCUGUAUGCAGGUCAGGAAGCAACAGUUAGAACUGGACAUGGAGCAACAGAUGGGUUCCAAAUUGGGAAAGGAGUAUGUCAAGGCUGUAUAUUGUCACCUUGCUUAUUUAACUUAUAUGCAGAGUACAUCAUGAGAAACACUGGGCUGGAUGAAGCACUAGCUGGAAUCAAGAUUGCUGGGAGAAAUAUCAAUAACCUCAGAUACACAGAUGACACCACCCUUAUGGCAGAAAGUGAAGAAGAACUAAAGAGCCUCUUGAUAGAAGUGAAAGCGGAGAGUGAAAAAGUUGGCUUAAAACUCAACAUUCAGAAAACUAAGAUCAUGGCAUCUGGUCCCAUCACUUCAUGGCAAAAAGAUUGGGAAAUAGUGGAUACAGUGACAGACUUUAUUUUGGGGGGCUCCAAAGUCACUGCAGAUGGUGACUGCAGCCAUGAAAUAAAAAGACACUUACUCCUUGGAAGGAAAGUUAUGACCAACCUAGACAAUAUAUUAAAAAGCAGAUACACAUAGUGACUGGGGUGGGGGGGGCAGCUGCAGGUAUGGCAGCUGCCUCUCUGUGCUAAGCAUAGCCUGACCCCUCUGGCCCCUGUAAAUACUGGAUGAAUGAAUGAAUAAAACUCUCCUUAAAAAUGAAAAAAAAAAAAAAGCAGAUACAUUACUUUGUCAACAAAGGUCUGUCUAGCCAAGUCUAUGGUUUUUCCAGUAGUCAUGUAUGGAUGUGAGAGUUGGACUAUAAAAAAAGCUGAGCACUGAAGAAUUGAUGCUUUUGAACUGUGGUGUUGGAGAAGACUCUUGAGAGUCCCUUCGACUGCAAGGAGAUCCAACCAGUCCAUCCUAAAGGAAAUCAGUCCUGAAUGUUCAUCGAAAGGACCGAUGCUGAAGCUGAAACUCCAAUCCUUAGGCCAUCUCAUGCGAAGAACGGACUCAUUUGAAAAGACCCUGAUGCUGGGCAAGAUUGAAGGCGGGAGGAGAAGGGGACGACAGAGGAUGAGAUGAUUGGAUGGCCUCACCGACUCAAUGGACAUGAGUUUGAGUAAAUUCCGGGAGUUGGUGAUGGACAGGGAGGCCUGACGUUCUGCUGUCCAUGGGGUCGCAAAGAGUCAGACAUGACUGGGUGACUGAACUGAACUGAACUGAACCCUGACCUCUCAAACAUACAUACAGUGAGUUGUAAAAUGUUGUAAAUGUAUGCGAGAGAUAUUUGGGUGGGUGUAUGGAAGAGGAAGGAGUAUGGAAGAGGAAGCAACCACUUCCUUAAUGAGUGAAGGAAGACAUCACAAAGGAAUCAGUCUUCCAUAUUGGUCUUAGUGGAUGAUUUUCUCAGAAGAGGAGAGGCUGGCAUCAGAGGUUGUGUGGACAUGAAAGAGGCUCAGCAUCUUCAGGGAACUGCAGGAGUUCAGUGUGGUUAGCGUACAGGGGUGUAUGGUGAAAUGGAGGUUUGUUGAAAUUACAUCAAGGUCCUUCUUCAUAUGCCUUACUAUAGAAUUUGAAUUCUGUCCUCAGACCCCCAAAAAGUUUUAGGGACUCAUGUAAUACCAUUUCAUUCCCAUAGUAUCCUUUGCAGAUAUACUUGACAUCCCAAAGUCAUAUUAUGAUCUAAGGCAAGAGGUGUGUAGUCUGUUUCUCCAGCCAUUUCUUCAUCCUUCUGCAUAUUUAUUGAACAUUUGCAUGUCAAAACACUUUGGAUAAUAUAAAAAAAGACUUCAUAAAUGUUAUCAUUGAAUUUUCAGUCUAAUGUAGCAGAUGACAUAAAUACUUGUAGUAAGUAUUUAUACUUCUUGUUGUCAUUCAGUCACUAAGUCAUGUCUGAUCCCAUGGACUGAAGCACACCAGGCUUCCCUGUCCUUCACUAUCUUCCCGAGUUUGCUCAGAUUCAUGCCCAUCAAGUUUGUGUUGCUAUCUGACCAUCUCAUCCUCUGCCGCCCUCUUCUCCUUUUGCCUUCAGUCUUUUCUGGCAUCAGGGUCUUCUCCAAAGAGUUGACUCUUCACAUCAGGCAGCCCAAAAGAUUGGAACUUCAGCUUCAGCAUCAGUUCUUCCAAUAAAUAUUCAGGGUUGAUUUCCUUUGCAAUUGACUUUUUAUCUCCUUGCAGUCCAAGGGACUCUCAAGAGUCUCCUCUAGCACCUUAUAUCAAAUGCAUUAGUUCUUUAGUGCUCAGCCUUCUUUAUGGUCCAACUCUCACAUCCAUACAUGACUACUAGAAAAACCAUAGCUUUGACUAUAUGGACCUUUGUCAGCAAAGUGAUAUCUUUGCUUUUUAAUUUAUUCUUGUAGGAAGUAUUAAAUAUCUAGUAAGAGAUAAGAAUCUAUAAUUGCUGAAGAGUCUGAGUAGUAAAGGUUCAAAACAUGGAGAGAACUAGUCAUUUGUCUGAAAAGGUUCCAUGAGUACAGAGGAGGGACAUGAGUCCAGUCAGGAGCAUGGGGUUGAUUAGAGUAGGUGGGAAAAGAGAAAAGUACUUUUAAGUGGAAAAAAAUUGAACAAUGAUAAAGGUGUGGAAGUAAGUGUUUGCAAAGUGUGUUCGUGAAUCGCAAGUUGAUUGGUUGCCUGGAGCUAGAGUUUCACAUAGGGAAGGAGCAUUGACAAUAAAUAAAUAUGGCUUUGAAAUGAAACCUUCAGAGAACCUCAUAAGAAAUGCUAUUCCUGAAUUUACUUUUGAUCCAUCUUAAAGAUCGCACAUAAAGCUCAAACCCCAGCUGAACUUUAAAAAUUAAAUAUUUUGUAUAGAAGAGUAAUUCCUGGCAUUAAGAUACUUUCAAACACUAAAAUCAUUGCCAGAGAUUUUCCAGCUUAAAGUCAAGCUGUUUAAAUGCAUUGGGAAGAGCUUUAGAUAGCUUUUUAUGUUUGGUUUAGACUUUUUUUUUUUUUCAAGGAAAAGGUAUAAAAGUAUAGCCAUUGGCCCUGUGUACACAAAAAGCAUAAUUUUCAUGUCCUCAUCUGCUAAAUGUCUGUUUCAUUCAUUGUUUGCCCAUAGCCAGGGAACCUUAGGGAUAAUUCCUUCCUGUCUUGGACCCAGAGCAGAACUAUAUAGAGAAGGUCCACAAGUCAGACAUCAAAGAUUAAUAAAAGAACAUUUUCUGAUAAACCUAGAGUCAUUGUUUUACAUCAGUUUUUCUAGGAAAAUAUUUCUAGAAGUAUUUUCAAUUGGACUUUUCAAAUGUUAAUUAUUUUCUGAUUUUAAAAAGAUACAUAAAAAUUGGAAGACUUAUAAAGCACUCAUAUGAAAGUAAAAAUGAGAUAACUUGUAAUAUUUUGUACAUUUUACGGCAAUAUUCUAUGCAUUUCUACAGUCUGUAUGUUUUUGAAAACAAAUUUUGUACCUCCCUAUUUUAACGGUAAACAUACACAUUUCUUCAUUUUUCUGAAGUGAUGCGUCAGUGUAUUUUAAUGGCUCUCUAAUAUGCACUGGUACACUGUGGGUUGGUUUGAUCAUUGCUCUGUGGUUGCACACUUUGGUUGUCUCCCAAGUCUGAGCUUCUAUUAUAUAUUUAAACCAGAGAGAAACGUGUUUGCACCAAAGGUGGGGUGUAUGAUCUACUUAACGCAGUGUGCAAGCAGAAAAUGGGUGACAGAAGGAUUGUUCUUCCUUUCUUGUUUGUUUGUACCAGAAUUCUCUAUUGUUUACAUACAUUUUAGCCUCUUGUGUCAUUUCCAGAAGCUUUAUUUUUCUCACUUACUUUUUGGUUUGGAUAAGAUUUAAAUAUAAAAAUCCAUCUGUGAAGCAUAUUGUAUAUUCACAUUGAAGGCUAAAAACCCAAUUUUAAUUAAAACUUUUUUCAGCA